UGAGAAAGGAAUUAUGCUCAGUACACAGACGAAAAUGCCAUAAGAGUUUGUGGUGAUAAGAGUCAAUGCCAUUGACAAUGUGCUGCAAACAAAAUCCUAUGAUCUCCGCAGCAGUUCCAUAGGUUUCAUAUAUGACCAAAUCAGAAUGGUGACUUUCAGAUCUUUGUGGCCCAAUGGUGUGACAAUUUGACAUAUAAUGACCCAUUUAGGUUGUAGUUUGCUGUGAUAUUGAACUGGACUACAUUAUUGUAGGAUGUGUUUCUAAUGUUCGGCCCACUCCAUUUACUAACUUGAGCAGGCAGAAAUAUUAGACACCCUUAUCAAAGAACCACAAACAUUCAGACUGAAUUAUUCUUAUAUUUGUAAUCAACUUCAUGUCAAAUAACAUCAAAAUGCAAAGUCACAUCUUUUCCACUCUACACUGUCACUUUCAGAUGCCAAGACAUUGCUCAGCAGGUGGCUGCAAAUCCCGGGACAACCGUGAAACUCGUAAUGCUGGGAUCACCUUUCACAGAUUACCAAAAGGUGCCACUCGGAGGAACCUCUGGAUCACCAACUCCCACCGUGCAGGCUCCUGGGAUCCUCAGACUGACUUUGUCUACUUCUGUUCCAAACACUUCAGCCCAGAGAACUUUGAGCUGACCGGAUGCAGUGGAGUCAGAAGGCUAAAAGAAGAUGCGUUUCCUACAGUUUUUGAUUCCUCUUCAAAAACAAAAUGCAAAAGGGCAGGAACAGUUCAGAAACAAGAAGACAUCCUUGUCAGGCAGAGUCCCUGCUCAGUUAAACGGGAGGUCACUCCGCACGACACAGAUCAGUAUCCUUCUUCAGACAAAGUCACAGUCCAGAGGUCAGCAGAAGCAUCUGAGGAGACUAAUGAAAAGAAUCCUGCAUCACUCCAAGAGCCAUCAGGGGUGGAGGAGCUCUCACAGCAAGAACAUGCUUUUUCACCACUACCAGAGUCUUGUUCCAUCUCCCCAUCACGUUACAUGAGGCGCCUGCCCCCUCCUCCAGGCUUCUACUUGUCAAAAGAGCACAGCUAUGCUCAGCUCUGCCCCCUGCUGUGGAGGAGACGGUAUGACCAGGCUGUUGACUACCUAGAGAAGGCCUUGCGACAGCUGCAUGCAGCCAGGCGCAGGGAGAACCGCUUGCGGAGCACCGUGCUGAGGCUCCGGGAUAGACGGUUGAAGACCACACUACAGGUGUCACAAUAUGGUAGUAAACACAAGGGGACACUAGGGGGAAAGAGGAGACGAGAGAAAGAAUGUUGUAACCAAGGUGAGAGUGAGACAGAUGCUAAAACAGAGGAGACAGGGUUGUUUGAGGACAAAUGUGUGGAUCCCAUGGAGUGUGGCCGUCAUUUUCUUUCAGACACUAACAGCUGGUCUGAGGAAGAGAAGGGAUACUGUUUUUACUGUGGAAGAGGGCAGGUUCAGGUUGGUGGUCAGGUAGCAUUCACACAUUCAAAGACUGAGAAAGAUGUUGAGUCCACAGUGCAUGAAGACUCAGAGAGAAUUCAAAGAAGUGUUGAAACCAGUAUAUGUGGCAGAGCCGAAAAUAUCAAAGGCAUACAGAAAUUUAGGCUGGUAAGACCACUUGAAAAAACGUUAGAAACUAGUGAUCCCGGUAUUGCACAUUCCCAAGUCCUGGUCCAAACUCCACGCCUUCAACAUGUAAUCCCUGCUGGUGUGUCUGUGCCUGCUACUCACCAUCAGAGUUCACAGUUUCUACACUCUCAGCAGAGGCUGUUCAUCUCUGAUGCAUAUGAAGGGAAUUCUGAAGCUGUGGACCUGCAGCAGCAGCUGUUUUGGAUUCCGGACAGUACUGAGGGCCAGGUCAUUGUGGUCCCUGCUCCUGCUAAAGAGAGAUUACAAAGCUUUCUCACGACAGAAGGGGUCGCUGAGGAAGCAAAGACUAUAUUGGUGUCAGAACUGGAUCUUAAAAGAUACUUGGGACACACGACAAGGAACAGUGGAGAUGUGGGAAGAGUUGAAAAAGCCUGUGACUAUGAACACAGUGAGAAGCAUUCUGUUAGCAACAGUGCAGUGUUCGAAAGGAGAGAAGAUGUGAGGGAGAAACUUAAAGAACACCUGGAGGGAUUUCAUCUUCAGCUGAGCAGCGAGUUUCUAAAUUGACAGCAUGUUCUAAAUGAACACAAAGAUUACAGAGUCAAUAAUUAAAUUACCUGUGCUUGUCUUUUCUGCUAGCAGAGUCGAACAUGUUGAAUGAGGUGUAAACCUAAUGUAUAUUUAGACUAAAUAUAUUCCCCAAAAAAUGUUAAAGAUGUGCUUAAUUUUCGAAAAUGAUAAAUAAAGUUUCCCUUUUCUUCCCUC